AAAAGUGAGGGUGGAAAGUUCUCCAGUCCUUCCAUUUCCUGGCCCUCUAGAACGCCUACGCGUCUUUCCUAAGUACUUAUCUGAGCAUCCGGAGGCACCUCCCUCUCACGUCUGUUCCGUCACCGCCUCUGUCCUCACUCUUGCUGUCCCGAGCGUUCGUUUCUUCCACUUGUUACCUCUGCAGUCUCCUGACUCCGCCCCUCUAAGUUGCGUCAUCACCUUCGCCUUCAUUCUUUUAGUGAUGUCACGGUCUCUUGUUCCUCAGCUGUGUCCCCCAUACCUUUCUGUCCCCCACUACCCCUUUUACUUCCCUCCCUCCCCUCCCCUUUUCCCUUGCCCAUUCUUCCCCCACCUUGACUUCUCCUCCUUUCCUCAUUGAUUUGCCAGCCCGGUCACCCUCACCCCUCAGAAAAUACCAUAGCGACCUUCCCUGCACUCCUGGGUCUCCGCCGCCUUGCAGGAAAGGUUUCAGCCCCUUCCUCAACCUGGAACUGCCUCUGGCGACCGGGAAAGGUUACAGCGACCACCCUGCCCAUACUGCCGGCCCAAACCCUGGCAAAAGGUGCAACGAAUCCUCUCAUCCUCUGGAAUCUCCCUGCUUCUCCAGAGACCCUUUUUCUUGCCUCCCUGGAAGCCCUGGAAUUUCUUCUAUGACUGGCACGCCCCCCUACCCACCCCAGCCGAUUCCCUCGCGGCCUCCACCAUCUCUUCCACCCCCACAACCUUCCUCGCACUCAGGGAGAUGUUCUUUUGAGUCCUCUUCCCCACUCCUGGAAAGGACCUACUGCCGCGAGCCCUGCUACUCGGGUUCACCACUCUCCAGCCCUUAUUUUGAGCAGUUCAGCAUUCCGGGGUCACCCCCUCUCUGUCAGCGGACUCCUUAUUGCAGCUGGAUGAAUCCCUCGAGAAUGCGGCAUGCCUGUCUUCAAGGCGCGUACUUUGACCAGCGCACUAAUCUCUGUUACUCCAGCAGAUGCCCUUCAGCUUUUGGAACCAGCCCGGCAACCUCCUUUCCCCUUGCUCAUCAGUCCCCGGGAACGAGCCCAGUGACCUCCCCUCAGCUCACUCGUGUACCCUUGGAAACUGGACCCAUGAUUUCGCCGCCUCCUACACAGAGGACCCCGGGAACUUGCCUCACGAUUUCACCUCCUCUUGCUUGCCGGCCAGUGGAAACUAGUCCUAUGGACUCCCCAACCCUUUCUCACAGAGUUUUGGAAACUGGGCUGAUGAUCUCUCCGCCCUCUCACUGGUCCUCAGGGAGAAGUUAUAAUGACCCCCUUCUCUCCCCAGCAUCUUCCCCACCAACUGGCAGCUUUUACCGUGGCAGCCUUAAGCCUCUAGACUCUUGUGAACCCAAACCACAGCUUGACCUGCCCCUUGAGAAAAAUUUUUGUGGCUCCCCACUCUCUUCUCAGGCAGGUAGGCCUGGCUUUCCCAGGUCACCUCAGGAGGGCUCUUAUCAUUACUCCCAUCUUUCUUCAGAGGCCUGCAUGCCUACUCCUGGGAGUCCCUGCUAUGCCGUCCGCCUGCGCCCCAGGAGUACUGAUUCUCCUUGGUCACCCCAGUCCCAGGCUCCCAGGAAGGCUUGCUUUGAGUCCCUUCUCUCCUGGGAGCCAAGUGGGAACUCUUACCUCAUCCUAACUCCGAGCACCACAAUUUCUGGUCCCCCCUGUUCCCAGGAACUAUCUCGUCCCCAUGGUCCUCAUUCUGUCCUUUCCUUCCCUUCACCGCUGGGCAACCAGUUUAUAUCUCCACCCCAGUCACUUCCCUGCAGAAGCUAUAAUGAACCCCCUCUUUCCACCCCAGUUUCCCCCCAGCCGAAGUCCCCUAAGUCCCCAGAGUUAAGACAGUCACGUACGCCCCACAAAUGUCUCUCCCUAGUCAACACUCCCCAGCACACCCCUUCUAGCCAGCCCAAGCCCACUAAGGCCCGCACCUCUCCCUCACCUCCCUCCUGCCUCUCUGGUCCUCCUUGUAUGGAGCCAUACAUCACAACUCCUUCAAAUUCCAGCCCCAAAGAACUUCCCCCAGGGACUGCCUUACCGACUGUGGUCCGUAGAACCCUCAAAACGGUUAUCCCCACUUCUCUUCCCCUCUGCCUUCCUUGUGAUCCUGUCUCGCCCAAUAGUUAUGCUCAGAGCAGCCCCCAUGGACCCUCCAUAGGGCCCCCCUGCAAUACCCAUAUAUACUCUGUGGUUCCCUCCACACCCCAUCCCUGCCCACUGUCUGGCUCCCUCAAUCAUUCGAAAGGCCCCCCUCCCAUUGUGCCUCUGUGUGACACCUAUAGCACUCCUAGGGGCCCACCCCAACCUCGUCGUCAGCCUGUGAUGCCUCCUUGUUCUACCCACAUCUAUUCUUUUAUCCCUUUGAGAACACCCUUUGAUCCUCAAAGUUUACCCAUUGUCCCCCGAGUCCGGGCCUACCCUGAUACUGUCCCCUGUGGCCUCCAUAUCUACCCUGUGGCCUCUCAAGGCCCUUGCAAAGAGCCCCUGCAGAUCCCUUACAGCUGCCCUUUGCCUUCAUCCAAGGAUUCCAGCUGUAACACCAAUCCCAGCUGUAGUUCGACUAUUAUUAGGGAAUGCCAGAGUAGUGACAGUGAGAGCAGGAGUUCCCAUCAAAGUCAAAGCCGGAGCCAAAGCAAGAGUCCCCAUCAUGACAGAAGUCAGAGCCGGAGCAAGAGCCAUCAUUUGAGCAGAAGUCCGAGCCAGAAAAGGAGUCCCUAUCCUAGCAGAAGCUGGGGCUUGAGCAGUAGUCCUCAACAAAACACAAGUCAGGGCCAGAGUGAGAGUCCCCAGCUUAGCAUAAAUGAGCGCCAGGGUGAGAGUCCCCAAAUUAGCAGAGGUCAGGGCAAGAGCAAGAGUCUAUGAUGGCAAAAGUCGGAACCGGAGCAAGAGUCCCCAACAUAGCAAAGGUCAAGGCCAGAGCAAGAGUCCCAGCAGGGGCAAAAGUCACAGUCAGAGUGAGAGUCCUCACCAUAACAAGAAAUGAAGGCCAGAG